GUCAAUAAGGAUUUUUGGCCCAAAAAUGUAGAAGUGACCAGCUUGGAUCGUUGAAUUGUUGAAUAUUUACUCGCUAAAAAGAAUGGUUAAAGAAAGGUGUGAUGUUUUAAGACUUGUUCCUUUAAAGUUUUGAACUUUGGGGUGAAUGAGAACGUUUUCUAAGAAUUAGAGUGAACGUACACAUUUGCACAUGGAUCAACAAACAUAUUUUUCUUAUGGUUUGGAUUACGAUGAGUUUGGCCCCUCAUGCUGGCAAAAAGAGGAAAAAAUCAAACUCAAAGCCACAUUUACAAAUAAACAAGUGCCUUAAUGAAAAACGUCGAAGAGAACAGGAAAACGUGCAUAUUGAAGAACUGGCGGAACUUGUUUCUGCUAGCCCAUCUGACAUGAGUUCGCUUUCUUGUAAACCAGAUAAGUGUGCCAUAUUGAAAGAAACUGUUAAUCAGAUUCGCACUCAAGAAGAUACAAAAAUUGUAGCUGGAGAUGAACUUCAAGAAAGUGAAGUUACUUCCAGUAAGCCUAAUAUAAUAAAUAAUAAUAUAUUUGGCUCGAUACUUCUUGAAGCUUUAGAAGGUUUUUUAUUUGUUGUUGACAUUGAUGGGAAGGUGGAAUUCGUGUCAGAGAACAUUACAGCUUUCUUAAAGUAUCACCAGGAUGAAAUAUAUGAAAAGAAUAUUUACGACUACAUUCAUCCUGCGGAUAGAGCAAGAUUUAAUCAAAAUCUUUUACUGAUGAUGCCUAUGUCAAAUACUAGUUGGACUUCUGAGACUUUAAACUCUGCCGGAAAACCAGUGAAACAUUUCAACUGUCAAUUCUUAGUCCGACCUGAAGAUCCGGAAAUAAAAAUGGAAAACAAACAAACGCCCAUUAAUGAAUAUGUCAACUUGAGUAUUACUGCUAAUUAUAUGCCUGUGGAGGAUGAAGGCAGCAAUGAGGUGAGAAACAGGAUGACUUGUAUUGCUCGAAGAGCUGCUACCGAAGAAAAAAGGGCUACUAAAAUUGAGCAUUUUACUACGAAGACAGAUCGUGAAGGCAAGAUUGUUGAUGUAGAAACAAGUGCAGUUGCUUUACCCCUGUGUCAGUAUUUGAGAAAAGAGUUGAUAGGCUCCCAGUAUUUGGAUUUCUGUCAUCCAAAUGAUGUGACCUCUGUGCAGCAGCAUUUAAAGAAUACACUUGAGACUGGUAUGGCAACUUGUGGUCCCACAAAAUUCCACAUUGGAGGUGAUAGAUAUGUCAGAGUCAAAAUGAAAAGUAGAAGUUUUCAGGGCUUGCAAGGAACUGCAGAGUUUGUUGUAUCUUCCCAUGCUGUUAUACGGGACAAUGAAAAUUCCUCACCUGUAUUUGACUCUCCUAAGAGUACUCCUUCACCAAGUUUAACCAGCACAUCAAGUGGAUCAUGCAGUUCUUCCAGUGGAUCUGGAAGCACUUCUGACUCUUCAUCUGGUGUAAAUGGCAGUCUUGUGUUAUCUCCUCUUGCAAUGUCAAAUUCAUUUGGAAAUUAUCCAACUUCUAAUGCUGGGAAUACUUCUGAGUUUCAAGUGAGUGAACUUGUGUUGGAUAUGUUUCCAAAUCCUACCUGGCCUUUGGAUUCCAAUUCUUCUCAAACUAAAGACUUGGACAGCAUAAAUAUUGUAUCCAGUCCACAGGCAACACCUACAUCUAAUCAUUCUUCAGAAUCAAGUGCUGCUGCCUCACCAACGAACAGUGCCUUUGUUGCUGGCCUGUCAUCAAACAGAAACAGUUCCGCUGCUACUUCUCCUGCAGUACAGAAUCGGGCGUCAACUCCAUAUAGUGGCAGUUGCUAUAGUCCUGCUGCAUCUCAGUCUGUCAGUGGGAAAGUUUCCCCAACGUGUGCCUUGCCUGCCAAAGCAGACACUUUAAUUUGCAGCUCAACUGAAACUUCAGGUAUCAACAAUAUAAGUCAAGGCAUGAGACAGGACAGAUAUUUUGAUCUAAAAUCAAAUCAGAAACUGCGAAAUUUACUCACUCAAAAUAUUAGUGAUGUUGUUUCGCGAAAAAAUUCUGGACUGCAAUCUCAAGAGGAAGUGACUAUAUUAAGUGAUACGCAUUCUUUUGACGAUUCUUCACCCAAUCAAACUCAUAUGAAUGCUAGGGAGAUACCUAAUGUUCCAAGAACUGUAAAUAAUGUCAUUUUACGUGAUUUGCUCAAUCAAGAGGAUGAUGAUAGUGAUGUGCCUGUGGAACCUAUUGUAAGGAGUUCUGAUAAUUCUGUACCCAGUUCUUUUUUAAAUGCUGUUCCUUGUAAGGUAACAGAAGGUAGCUCCCAACAGCGUCUUGGCAAUAAUAAUAUGUUGCGAAAGUUACUAAACAAUGAUGAUGUAGAUAGAAAUUAUAGAAAGUCACAAGAUUUAAUUCAUCAGUUACUCAUUGCUGGCUCUGGGAACAAAUCAUUUCAAAAUGAUCACAUAAAAAUUGAAAACAUAACAAGUCCUCAAGGUUCUGAAUCAUAUGUGCCAAAACUCCCCUCAUCUGAAUCUAGCCGAAUAACUCCAGAAAUUUCUUUCAUAUCUGAAACUGGCUUAAAAAGGAGGGCUGCUGAGAAAUUUCCACCAAGCACUUCAGCCAAAAGACCUGCUCAUGCACACCUAGCUGGUCAGAAUCCUAUGUUGGCCUCAAUGCUCGCUCAGACUCCUAAAACACCUCCUUCUGUUCCGACAAGUGUUGCAAGCACAAUAAUGACGCAAUUACCUCAAGAAAGACUCCCAAAAAAUCUUGAAAAGAAGCUAGUACACACUCCAUACACAACCAUUUCUGUUUCUGGCCUAUCUACUUCUACUCAGUCAUUCUCUCCAAUUCUGAUUAAUUCCUCUAUUCAAAAAGACAUUGUUACAUCUGAUUCAAGAGGUCAUGUGAUGCAACCAACUCUGACUGUUGAUCAAUCAGGAAUCAAGCCUAACUAUCCUCAACAGGUUUAUAUUGAUAAAAUCCUCAAUAAUGCUAAUGAUAGUGCUGUGAUAGCUAGGUCUCUUGGCCUAAGUUUUUCAACUAUUAACUCUGCGGCUCAGAAUUCGGCAACAUUUUCACACCAGCUGUCUCAAAAUAGUUCAACAGCUACAACUUCUGUUAGUUUGGCUGAUAUAUUAAGUGAAGCAACUCUUGUGGAUGUGGGAUCUCUUUCAGAUACAGUACAAACUAAUCAAGCAUCAGAUCCAGUUUUUGCUGAAAUUUUAGAGCAGAUAUAUAGCCUGCAGGAAGAUCAUAAAGUUGAAACACCUCGUGGUGCUGAGGAUCAUUCCGCAAUUCUGAAACUUUUAGGAGAAGUGAUUGAUGCACCUCAAGCAAAUAUUACUUCUCGAUCAAUUCCAGUAACUUCUGCUCAAGAUAUUAAUGAAAAAAUUGCUAUCAGUGCCAUUCAAAAGGAGUUAAUGGAAGGAAGUUCACUUGCAGUUGCUAGUCGAUCCACUAACUUACAAAAUUCUGCCGUUAUUCCCACCUAUUCACAGGCUGGUCGAACUGGAACUCAAGUAUCGGGUACACCUAUGGUUCAAACGCUAACAACAGAUCAAAUUCUCCUUCUUCAACAGCAGCAACAGCAGCUUGUUAACAAUGCUCUGCCACCUCAGUAUAGUAUAAUUGCUAACCGUGUUAAACUACCAUCUCAAACUCAAUUAAUAAACAGUCAAGAGCUAUUAGCACAAGCUGUUCAAAGAAGAGGCCUGCAGUUAGUAAGAAGCACUUAUCUGAACAUAGGAAAUGCUAAUGUAAACCAGAUGAAAAAAGUGAAGCAACAGCGUCUGUAUCUGCAACAACAGCAGAAACGGCUUCUUGAACAGCAGCAAAAGCAACAAUUCCCAAUGCAAACUCAGCAAAACUUGGAUGUCAUCAAUUCUCCUGGAACUAGUUCGUUUCCUGAAAACAUGAAUGAUCUUCUCAACAAUACUGUAGCACCGAAUGUAACUUUACUUCCGUCAACUGGUUUGCCCGAAGCUUCAAGUUCUGCUCGCUUUAAUCUUACCUUAGCAAAUCCUCUUCCUAGUCCCACAAGUCAAACACCUCCAUCUGCACAGCUAUCACCCGUACAGCGAAGUAAUCCACGAUCCCCGUUCUCACCUCUUUCACAACAACCUUUUCCCAGCCAAACACCCCCUCCAUCCUCAUAUCAAGCUGCCAAACUCUCCCCUCAUCCACCACCUUCUUAUCCUCAAGAAGGGUCUAGUCACUCUCCUUCAUCUUUACCAACUACAGGAUCUCCUCAUUUGGUUCUCUCCCCGCAAUCAACUACAGGAUCUCCUCAGUGGACAUCACAACGUACAGUUACAAGUCCCAUACAAAAUCUGCAGUUACAGAAUCCUAUGCUUAAUGCUCAAUUAUCUCAGCAAACAUCUACGAGUGUUACCCAAGUUCGAUUAUCUUCACAACCUAGACAACACCAACAGUUUAGGCUUAGAUCAUUGCCUAGUCCAUCAUCACAAGGAAAUAGAAAUAUACCUUUUCCAUCAGCUUCUGAUGUUAGUUAUUCUGCUGUUUCACCUGCUAUGGUACUUCAAUCUCAAACUUCACAGCAACAAAGAGCUCAAAGAACAGCAUCCGUUUCAUCACGUAUUUCAACUUCUCAGAGUCCUUCAAACUUUAUUAGUGGUGAAUCUGCGUUGUCUCCUCAAUCUUUGCCUUCUCCAAACUUGAUACAGUCUGCUACAUCAACUGCUACUACUUUCAUGUCUUCGGCAUCACCUGGACUUCCAAUUACGUACACAGUUUCUCCAAGUAAUCAACAAUUUACUUUUGAUCGCCAAAAUAUUCAGGUUUUUGCAAGUAACUCUGACAGAUUAACUCCUAUUGCACAAGUUUCUUCAGAUGCAGUAAGACAGGAAAUGUGUGCCGGUGUUGGUCCUAGACAGCAAAAUCAACAACUAUCUCAGCCCUCUAGCAUUAAUCAAACUUUGUCUUCUAAUUCAGUUGCUCAGGUACUCAAUGUAUCGCUUACCCGAGAAGCUUUAGAAGAACUGGGUUUGUCAAUGGAAUUACUUCCAGGUUCAGACUCUCAACCACCGCAAGCUCUUUAUUCUCAAGGAUUAUUAAAUGUUGCCAGCACAAUUGAAAGUUCACUACAACCUACGUCAAGCCCUAAUGUACAAGUAGAGUUAGAACCUUCCAACCAAAAGAAGAGUUUACUUCAGCAGCUUCUGUCUGAACCUACAACUUGAAUCAAAUUUUACAAUGUUUAAGAUGUUAAAAGAAAUUACCAGACAUUUUGUUAAAUGCAUAUAGAAAUUGUACUGUUGUUGAAAUUUUAAAUAUUAUAUUUGUUUGGUCAUGUUCCUUUAUGCUUUUGAAAGAAAUUUUUUAUCAAAUCAUUUUCUUCUAAUAUUUAAGAUUAUUCUGAAUAAAUACUGCUCUUAAAAAAAGCUGUCCUAAAAUCUUUUAACUUGUGUAAAAGGCAAAGAGCACUCUUCUGAUAUAUUUAUAAAUGGGUUGUUUUAUUAAUGUGGCAUUUUAAAACUGUUCAAUGUGUUGCUUGUAAUAUUGAGUGAAACAUGUCUUCAUUUUAUUUAAUUGUUGAGCUUUUUGAAACACUAUUAUUAUCCUUCCUGAUUAUCAAACUAUUCCAACUUUUUUACUAAUUAUUUCAAAAGUUUGGCAAAGAUUUCAACUUUAAAAAAGAAAAAAAAAUGAGAGAUCUCUAGAAGUUAUCUCUCCUCCUUCUUUUUAUAACUUUUUUAAUUUUAAGAUUGGAUGAAUUUUAAAUUAAUAUGAUCAAAAUGUGGUGAUUUUGAUUUUUCUCUCAAUUAUUUUAAUUGUGAAACAUAGAUAUAUUAUGUGUUCCCUAUUCUAAACCAUUUUAUAAACUUUCAUUUUCAGAACUUUGUUAUUUUUUUACGACAUCACCAUUAGGAACCAAUAAUUUAAAGCGCUCCCUAUUUUUUAUUUAUUCCUAAUAUUCAGGAAAAACAGUGCAGAAACUUCCAAUGCUUUCAAAGAUUUUAUUUGCUAUAAAAACAAAGGCACAUUGCCAUGUGUGCUUCUGUAGCAAAAUGUGUUUAAUACAAAAUGUAUUCAAAUCAGUUUCUCUGACCUAGUUAUGUUCAUAAAUUUGUUCUGUGCAAAAAAGUGGUAGUGUGGAUAAGAUUUAGAACCUGAUCCAGUUCAAACAAACAUACUGUUAAUGCAUAAAUUUACUUGCUAAUAUAUUUGUGUUUGUAGUUUAUUUUAAUUUUUAAUCAGUGUACUUUUAAAUGUUAAAAAUCAAUGAGAAAGUUUAAAGAGAACUACAUUUUUAAAUUUUCUUUAUUAGUGAUUCAGAAAAAUGUUUUAAACAUUAAAUCUGCUUUUGUAAAUUGAGUUUUGUUGCACUUUGUGUUAUGUUUGAACAGGCAGUUUUAUUUGUUAAUAUUGUUUUAUGAUAGUUCUAAAAAUACUUACAUUUCAUAAUAUUUUCCUCAGGGUUUUUUGGUACUCAGGUUAAUAGAUAUUGUACUACAGUUUUGUGUUGAUUUUGCAUCUCAUUUUAUUUUACAUUUUUAUCAACUUUUUUAUCACUUGUCCCAAAUUAUUUAGUUAACUGACAAAAGUGCUUGUUGAAGCAAGGAUAACUUUCCCUGACAUUUUAGGUAUGAGAUAUGUUAGACUAAUUUUUAUUAAUAUAUACUUAGAAAUGGUAGGGAGAAAAUCUGGAUGUUGCUGUUUAAUAAUUUAACAUUGGUCUUAAAAGGAUGAAGUUAGAAAGAAGUUUUCUUUUUUUAUGUGUGUACAUAGAAAUAUUUUUGGAAAUUUAACAUACAAAUUAAAAGCAUUAAACAUAGUGUAAAUUAUGAUUAUGUAAAGUUAGCUACUUUUGUUGGUCAUUAUUUGCCGAUUUUCAUGUAUUCCUCCUUACACCCUUUUUCCUUAAUUACCUUGCAGGUUUUUUUUUCUGUGAAUAGAGCUUGACUGGUGUUCAAAAUUAGGUCUUAGAUAUGGGCCCAUUUUGACACCCUUGACAAAAAGCUAUUUCAUGGUUAAAAUAUUUUUAUGCCCAUUAGUUAAUAGCAAGUCUUUAAAUAAAAUAUAAUAACAAAAUAAGCUUUUCUUUUUGUCACAAGUGUCCAUAAUUAAUAAUUACCUGUUAUUUGUGUCUAGGGCAAAAGAAAAUUCUAGUAUAAAAUAUAGUAGACAAGCAUGACUAAAAAUGGGUGUACAAUCUUUUGGAUGGUUCAAUCGAAAAUUAUAGUUACUAUUGAUUUAUCAGCAAAGUUUUACUUCAAUAGAAUUUUCUUUUUGAAUUCAUAGAUGUUAGAUGAGGGGAUGCUAUGUGUACUUAAAUGUAAUAAAAUCAUUGCUUUUGUAAUAUAUUCAUAUUGUGAUUUCUGCGAACUGUGAAAUAAAAGAUGGUGCUGCAUUUUGUGUUGGAAAUAUUUAUAUAUAAAUCGUGAAGUGGCACUAUUUCCAUCCUUUUUCAUGAGAUUAAAGAUGGCCUUACCAUAAAUACGUUUGUGGAUACAUAAUGGACUGUACUAUUUUUGUAUAUUUUCUUAAAAGGCUACUGUUUAAUGUGAUGUACACUAUUUGUUUGUAUAGAGCAUUCAUUUGUUAUGUUUUUACAUCAUUGAAUAUUACAAUGUAAAAUAGCUUUCUAUGGCCACUUAUGAGUCCAUGUUUCAGUUUCUCAUACUGUGAAUCAUUCAUUAGGUGGCUUCAUGGAUAAAUUAUUUACUGUGAAUUGCAUUGUACAGCUUUACUUGUAAGUUUUGUAUGUAUAUUAAUUGAAACAAGAUCAACUUUCAUGGCUAUUCCAUGGAAAACAAUCAUUUAGUCCCGCCUGUGACGCCUCAUAUAUUUCAUUAAAAAUAAUACUUUAAAAUAUUAAUGAACAAAUUUUCUCCUGCAUAACAAAUUUCUAACUUAUGUGUGAUUUCUUAAGCAAAAAUUCUUUCAUUACCCUUUAAAAUUAUUACUCUUUCAUGAAAUAUAUGAGCCGUCACAUGCGUGACAAAGGGUUGAGUUUUUCAUGGAAUGGCCCCAUUGAUGCCAGAAUACAUGUUUAAAACUGUCAUUUUGUUCAGAAUUGAUAAAAGUUCAUCAAUUGAAGUAUUGGUUCUUUAUUGUAAUUCCAAAAAAGAAAAACAAUUGAGUUCCUGAUAAGUUUUAAUUUAAAAUGUAUAGUUUGUUAUAUAUCACAAUAAAUUUGGGUU